UCUGUUUCUGGUGGGGCACUAGGCUCGCUGCAAGCGAUGAUAGACUAUUUCCUUAUUUUAAAACCUUCCAAAACCCUUUCCUUUCUCUCAAGUUUCUGGUUUCCGUUGAUGGACUACCGAAUUAACAGAUUUUUCCAGGGAUUGGAAUAAUUCGACUACAAGUUUGGGAGUCCCGGGGAGAGGGGAGUCCGAGAGAAAAGUUUAUAUCACUGCGCGACAGGCACUAUAUGGAGAGAGGGGGUGAGCGUACAGUAUGGUUUCAUUCUCCAUACCAUCUAUGAUUUAUGAAAGGAUUUAGAUAUCUUUAAAACAUAGAAAUUACAGAAUAUACUUCUGACAAAUGCCAUUUUUAGCGUUACGAUCAAAUUAACAUGUAUGGACACGCAUGAAAAGAGUUUUGCGUAAACCAGUAGAACCAGAUUGCGUGUGAGUUUCGACUGGAGUCGUAUACUACAGUCACUUCCAGGUAAACCAUUAAAUUCCCCAACGUUUCUUCACAUCCUUGUUAAAUAAAAUACCUAUCUAACUAUGGCGGGGAUGAGCAAUGCCCACAUGAAGACCCUGGAGGACCUGACUCUAGACUCGGGCUACGGGGCAGGGGACUCCUGCAAGUCCCUGAGCCUCUCGUCCUCCAAGUCCAACUCACAGCCGUUCAUGACGGCUCCGCAUCGGGGCAACUGGUGGUACUACUCCGGCUCCAUGAACAGUCGCAACAACAGCUGGGACACGGUCAACACGGUGCUGCCCGAGGAUCCCGAGGACAUCUUUUCCAAGUGUCCCCGUUUACCGGAGCURGAGGAGUUCCCUUGGACCGAAGACGAGGUGGGAAAGAUACUGCGUAAAGUAGCCGGGAACGUUACCGGUGCCAAAGCGUUUCCGGUGCCGACAUUAUCCAAUGAGGCAGUCCGGAGGCUGUCCACGCUCCUUCGCCGAGCCCUCAUCCGCAUUUCGAGAGAGGCUCAGCGGCUGAGCGUCAUGCACUGCCGUUGCACUCGCUUCGAGGUGCAGAGCGCCAUGAGGCUGGUGCUGAGCUGGGCUCUGGCCGAACACUGCAUAUCGGCCACGGUCAAGGCCAUCUCCAUGUACAGUAUGAGCGCCGGGGAGCUCCUGAGGAAGGGCAAAUCUGCCCGUUGCGGCCUCACCUUCUCCGUGGGAAGGUUCUUUCGAUGGAUGGUGGACACCCGCAUCUCGGUGCGCAUCCACGAGUAUGCGGCUAUCUGUCUUACCGCCUGCAUGGAGGCGCUGGUGGAGGAGGCCGGCUCCCGGGUAAUGAUGGCCGAGCGAGGGCACUCCAGGGUGGACACGGUGUCAGGCUGUGCCCCGGUGUCGGUCGAAGCUCUGGAGGGGGUGGUGAACAAUGACGCGGAGCUGUGGGGGGUCCUGCAGCACUAUGAGCAUCUCAUCUGCGGCAAGAACGCCAAUGGGGUGCUGUCCCUCCCGGCCCACUUCAGUCCUUACACAGAGGGCCAGGUUCAGCAGGGACAGGGCCAGGCUGGGGUGGAGAGCAGAGAGGACGCCUACGCCCAACUGGAGCUCCGCACCCUGGAACAGUCCCUCCUGGCCACCUGUGUUGGCAGCAUCUCCGAGCUCAGUGACCUGGUGUCCAGAGCCAUGCACCACAUGCAGCGGUUGAGCUCCGUACGCCCGGGGCUCAGCCCGGCCCGCCACACCCGGCCCCAACAGAUUGUCUCCUGGUUGCCCGACGCCCUACACACCCUCUACUACUUCCUCCGCUGCCCACAGAUGGAGUCCAUGGAGAACCCCAACUUAGACCCACCCAGGAUGGCCCUCAGCAAGGAGAGGCCCUUUCUGCUGCUGCCGCCCCUGAUGGAGUGGAUGCGAGUGGCUAUUGUGCACGCUGAGCACCGCCGCAGCCUAUUGGUGGACAGCGAUGAUGUCAGACAGACCGCCAGACAGCUCCUCCCAGGAUUGGACUGCUGUCUCUUAUACACAUCUAGAUGUGUCCUUCUUCUUCUUCAUCUUCUUCUGUCUUUUCCCCCUUCCCGCUGUUUCUCCCCCAGGCCUGAGUGUUGUUUUAGUUCUUUCAGGCGUCUGGACUCCAAGGCAGCCACUGAUAAGUUUCACUUGGACCUGGGCUUCCGCAUGCUCAACUGUGGACGCACCGACCUGAUUGGCCAGGCCAUCGACCUGCUGGGGCCUGACGGAGUAAACAGCAUGGAUGACCAGGGUAUGACCCCUCUAAUGUAUGCGUGCUCAGCGGGAGAUGAAGCUCUGGUCCAGAUGUUGAUUGAUGCCGGGGCCAACCUAGACGUGGCGGUGCCUGCCUGUUCUUCCAAGCAACCCUCUGUCCACCCAGACAGUCGCCACUGGGCGGCUCUUACCUURGCUGUGCUGCACGGUCACAUCUCUGUGGUGCAGUUCCUGUUGGAUGCAGGGGCUAACGUGGAAGGGGCAGCCGUCCGAAACGGGCAGGAGAGCACAGCAGACACCCCUCUCCAGCUGGCAUCUGCAGCAGGGAACUAUGAGAUGGUGAGCCUGCUCCUCACCAGGGGGGCAGACCCUCUGUCCAAGACCCGUGACGGCAACGCUUUGACAUCAUCACUCUAUGAGGACAUGAACUGCUUCAGUCACGCCGCAGCGCACGGACACAGGAACGUGUUGCGCAAACUGCUCACCCAGCCCCAGCAGGUCAAAGAGGACGUCCUCUCCCUCGAAGAGAUCCUAGCCGAAGGGGUGGAAGGGGAGGACGCCUGCCCUCUCCCCAGCCUGCCUCCUUCAUCCCCUGGGUGCCCAUCUGAGGGGGGCAUCCCGCGGCUGUGCAAGGCCAGGAUGAAGGCCCUUCAGGAGGCUAGCUACUACAGCGCCGAGCACGGCUACCUGGAUGUCACCAUGGAGCUACGGGCACUGGGUGUCCCAUGGAAGCUGCACGUGUGGCUGGAGUCUCUGCGAGUGGCCCAGCAGCAGUCUAGGGCCUCGGUCACUCUGUCCCUCCUUCGAGAGUUCACCUCCAUCAGGGAGGAAGACUACUGCCACGAGCUAGUCUCUCUGGGCCUACCCCUCAUGUUCACCAUCCUACGAACCACCAAGAACGAUGCCAUCACKCAGCAGCUUGCAGCCAUCUUUAGCCACUGCUUCGGGCCGGCUCCACUACCGGCCAUUCCGGAGAUGAAGGUCACCCUCUCAGCGCAGCUGGACCCCCAUUUUCUGAAUAACACGGAGAUGUCAGAUGUGACGUUUUUGGUGGAGGGGAAACCUUUCUACGCCCACAAAGUCCUGCUGAUCACUGCUUCAGACAGGUUCAAGUCUCUGCUGGCCUCAUCAGGACCAGACGGAACUAAAGAUAUUGAGAUCAGUGACGUCAAGUACAACGUCUUCCAGAUGAUGAUGUCAUACCUGUACUGCGGAGGGACAGAGUCACUGAAGACCAACGUGUCUGACUUGUUGGAGCUGCUCUCAGCGGCCAGCGUCUUCCAGUUGGGGGCCCUACAGAGACACUGUGAGAUCAUCUGUUCCCAGAGCAUCGAUCUUGAAAAUGCUGUCAGCAUCUACAGGACGGCCAAGGCCCACGGUGCGUCAGUGCUGAGUUCGUUCUGCGAGGGRUUCUUCCUGCAGCACAUGGCAGGGCUCCUGGAGAGAGAGGCCUUCCGGUCCCUGCUCCUGGGGCCUCUGGGGGCCCGCUGGGUGACGGAGAUGGGCUCGGGGCCUAAAAUGGUGCCUCCUAGGGGAGACUCGCCACUGGAGGAACUCGAGACGACCCUGGCUCGCCGGCUACGCUCUCUCUACAUCACCUCCCGUGUCUGACGAGGAAAGGAGAAGGAUGGAAUGCAGAGGAGGAGAGGAAAAGGAGGAAGAGAGUGUGCGAUCGGUGCACACUCUCUUCCUCCUGGGAGGAGGACGUCUCAAGGCCGAGGACGUCACGAGUGCCCUUAGAUACAGAUUUAGGAUCAGAUUGCCAUCCCGCGAUCCUAACCUGAACCAUUAGAGUGGAAAACCACUGAAACUGACCUUAGCUCAGCAUCUAAGGGCAUCGUCAUCCUUAAUCAUUAUUUCUCGAUGGAGGGUAAGACGAGGAUGAAAGAGAUGAGGCUGGAUAGAGAGUGGGUGUGAUGGGUACAGGAUGGAUACCGUGACGGCCUGUUCCCAAAUUUGACUCUUGUGACAAUUUAUUUUGCUACACGGACCAUUCAGUUUUUGACCUGAAGUACUCACCUCUAGCUGUCUAUUACAGUAGCUAUAUAUACGCAGUGGAAGAGUGGACAGAAUGGUCUAUCCGUCUGUCUUUCUGUUUGUCACCAAGGCUCUGGAAGCUUGUGUACAGAGACGGACAAGACAGCGGAAUGAGGCAGUGAGAACUUUUAACAUUUAGYAUUUCUAGAACACUGCUGCCGCCCAGUGGACAAAGCCCGUAAAGGCCUCAGAUUAUAGAAAUAGAGUGACUAGAUUAUGUUUCUAUGCCUCAAAUAAAGGUUAAAAGGUUCUGAUGGAAUAUAAAAAGUCUGGCACGUUAUUUUCAUGGACCACUGAUAUGAAGGGGCUGGAGUUUUCUCCUUUCCUUCAGCCCCCUUCAGAGUGGUGAAGACUGUGAGAGAAGAGGUGGAUUUGAGAGCCCCCUCAGUGAAUUGAAAGAAGUUGGUUUUACUAAGUGUAUUUUCUUUAUACAUAGUCGUCCUAUUUUUUUUCUUUCUUUUUUGACAGAGUGAAGAGGAAAGAAAAAAACUUACUAAAGAAUGGAAUGGACAUUUUCUAUUUAAAGAAAAAAAGAUGAGAGUAUUUAACAGGGAGUUCCCUUUUUUAUUGUGUUUUAAUAAUUGUAGGCAAAUUAUUAUUAUUAAUGUAAGAUAAAGCUUUGCGUAGCUGGACAAUUCCAGGCCUAGUACACACUAACCAUUACAGUUGAAGUCGGAAGUUUACAUACACUUAGGUUGGAGUCAUUAAAACUCGUUUUUUCAACCAC